UGACUGCAGAGCUCUCUGACAAUACGAGUCAAGUCUAUCGAGGCAUUUCUACACCAUGGCAGACAAGAAAUAAGCUUUAAUAAGCUGUUAUAAUAAGCUGUUGUGUUUCUUUAUUUCUGUGUCGUAGCCGUUUGUGGGUAGCCUACUUAUUUUAUAUUUUAAAGGAACGAGUUGGAUUAUUAACAACCCCAGCUGUUGAGAGAGCGUUCAUGCUUUCGCGGAAUAAAGGUCAGGUGACUUUAUGUAAAAGUAGCCUACAAAAAACUCCUUCAGAAUGAGACUGUGGACUUUGCUUGUCAUUAUCCCGGUGUGCGCAUCCUCUCCUCUUUCAGCCGAAACGUCUCAACCCGAAGGUCGAGCGGUUGAGAGUCGUUGCUCCGGCCGAGCCUGCAAUCCACGCAUGGGCAACUUGGCCCAGGGUCGAGUUCUGAGCACCCAGUCGGUAUGCGGCCGCAACUCUUCGGAGCCUUAUUGCUUCUACAGACAGACCGCCCCCCCACGCAGCAGGGAGUCCUGCUCGGAAGCAAAAUGCAGCAAGUGCAACUCUGGUGUCGCCAGCCAGGCGCACCUUCCCUCUGCCAUGAGCGACUCGUCUUUCCGCUACCCUGACACUUGGUGGCAGUCUGCGGAGGGGGUGAAGGAGGAGUCGCUCCAGCUCAACCUGGAGACGGAGUUCCUCCUCACUCACCUCAUACUGGUGUUCCGCUCACCCCGCCCCGCUGCCAUGGUGCUGGAGCGCUCCCAAGACCAUGGGCACACAUGGAAAGCCCUCAGGUAUUUUGCCUGGGACUGUGAGAAGGUGUUUGGCCUAGCAGAGGGGUCGCCAGUCGGGGAGAAUGGAACCAGUUGCACCUCAAAGUAUUCAGGGGCAUUCCCUUGUACCAGGGGAGAGGUGAUCUAUCGAGCUUUGUCACCCUGGCACUCAGUGGAUCCCUAUGGACUAGCCGCCCAGGACCAGCUCAUGAUCACCAACCUAAGAGUCCGUCUGCUGCAGCGCCAGCCAUGUCCCUGCCAGGCCAAACAUCCUGGUGCCGCUGUCCUCCCUGCAGACCAUUACGCCAUCUAUGAUUUUAUUGUCAAAGGCAGUUGCCUUUGCAAUGGUCAUGCUGAUCAGUGUGUGCCAGCCAUGGGCUACCAACCUAGCCAACAUAAGCCCAACAACAUGGUCCAUGGCAAGUGUGUUUGCAGACAUAACACAGCGGGUGAUCAUUGCGAGCGCUGUGCACCUCUCUACAAUGACCAACCCUGGCAGGCUGCCAACGGCAUCAUUGGGACACCGCAUGAGUGCCAGAAGUGCAAGUGUAAUGGUCAUGCCAAGAGCUGUCACUUCAGUCGUGGAUUGUGGCUAGCAACAGGACGGCGGAGUGGUGGGGUGUGUGAUGACUGCAGCCACAAUACAGAGGGCCGGCACUGCCAUAACUGUGUGAAGGGCUUCUUUAGAGACCCCAGCCGACCAAAAACGGCCCCUGACUCCUGCACACCCUGUUCCUGCCACCCUGUAGGCUCUGUCGUCUCAGGAGGUAGCACUCUCUGUAACCCUAGCAGUGGGGAGUGCACUUGCAAGCCCGGUGUCGGAGGCCCCCACUGUGAAAGCUGCAUGCUGGGAUACUGGGGGCUUCAUGAAUACGGCUGUCGUCCAUGUGACUGUACAGGGGACUGUGACCCUUACACUGGUGACUGCAUUUCUGGCUCAGAUGUGGAGGUCUUCUAUACAGCCACUGGCCACAUGGGACACAGCAGCAAUAAUAGUGAGACGGCACUCUUUAGGUUAGAGGAGCUUUUCUCUGCACUGCACCACUCUGAGAAAUGUGAGUGUGUAGAAGUAACCCUUGGCAGCCCUAAACUCUUCUGUGCUGCAGAGUAUGACUACGUGCUGGUGGUGAGAGUGAUGUCAGCUCAUGAUAAAGGCUCCCAUGUGGAGGUGGCGGCCAAAGUCAAGAAGGUCUUGCAUCAGAACCCUCAGAUGAAAAUCCAGAGGGGAAGUGUCACCCUUUACCCAGAGUCCUGGACCAUCCAAGGCUGUACCUGUCCCAUUCUCAAUCCAGGAUUUGAGUAUGUAGUGGCUGGUCAUGAGGACUGGAAGACCGGCCGACUGAUGGUCAACACCAAGAGCCUGGUUAAACCCUGGAAAUCAAGCCUGGGACGCAAAAUCCUACACAUCCUCAGAAAAGACUGUGGCCACCGCUAGGGCAUUGCUAAGGACUGCAAUGGCUAGAGGGACUGUUUGAUUUAGGCAUUGCUUGGAUGCUAAAGUGAAAGCAAAACCCCAUGCUUACUACAGGGAUUUCACUGUUUCUUUUGUUUCCAAAGUGGUGUCCACAGCCCCAAGAAACAUCUGCAACCUACAAUGCUGCGGUUGUUGUUAGAAAUGAGCAGAUACUGUACCUCACCAGUCUACAGUUACUGAAUCAAAGAGAACAAAGCAAGCCAUAAAGACUUUCGUCGGACAAAGACGAAAAGUGGAUGUUGGACUUUCAUUCCUGUGUUACUGUAUGAUAUGCCUCAGCCUAUAAUUCUUUCCAGGUUAUUUAUAGAACAAUAAGGAAUGCAUGUUAAAUACUCCUUGCCAAAGAUGCUGUCAGAGUUGAUGAGCCAAAACACUGUCACGGCCUUCUGUGUCUAUUUCACUGAGAGCUGUUUACUUUGAAAUCUUACAAAGGCGUAGACUGAAUUAUCCUUGUUGUCUCACAGAUAUUGGUGAUAAAUCAUGAAUGAGUCAACAUCAGAAAUUGUGUGUGAGCGUGAAUGAGUGCAUAUGCUUGAUGUCCUUGGCAGGGAGUCUAUGACUGUGCAGGUCAGAACAAGUAACUCCUGGAUGAGGGGAGAGGAUGGGACAAAAAAACAUCAGGAAUCAGGAAUCAGGCAGCCUAAUCUGAACAGCUCUGCUCUGCUCCGGCACACUCGCCCGCCUGCUGUCUGACAAGAGCAAAACACACUCAGCUCCACCCUCUCUGAUCUGGAGUACAUGCAACUGGCUAAACACUCUGGAUUGAGUUACAAGAGUGGAUCAUUGUCUGGUUGCUUAAGUCAGACCUGAUUCUGUGAGGAUUUUCUGCUGUCUUCCUACUGCUUUCAUAUGAGAAGGAUUCAGUUGAGAAGGACCCGAAACUGUGUGUGCGCAUGUGUGCAUGUCUGUGAGAAAGAGAGCACACACACUCUUAACGUAUGCUUCUCUUUUUUUGGCCUGUGACUCCAGCCGCCCCAAAAUAAAUAUGUAUUAAAAGCCUGGGUAUUCAUUGACAUCACAGCAUAUCAGAUCCAGAGUCCACAGGCCAUUUUUGAGCCAGGCACAGUUAAGAAUAGGCCUGGUCCGCCGUCUCCAAGGAGAAGGACAAACUCUGUGAAGAGACAUGAUGCAUUCCUCAACCAUGACAUCAUCACCCAUGUCCUUGUCCCAAAGACUUUACCACAAAAACAGAAAAUGAGGUGAGAAAUUUUCUUGUAAAGGACAAAGCGGUUAUUAUGGGUGCAUGAAUGUACGCUGACAUGAAUGUGAUAUUUGUGAUGAUAUUUCUGUGUGUCCUAUAUGUAUUUAAAAUAAAAUCUAAACUGCA